UCAGUGUUUCGCGGGUCUCGUAAAAUACGCGCCAAAUUUUGAUCAAGGCUUCGUUCGCUCUACCAAACACCCGCCAUAUCUCCUACCUUUCUCGAGCCUUUGCGAGUUUACAGGAUGGUGAGGACUAAAGCAGACGGCUGUGGAAGAAAAGCUGUUGCUGCUAAGGCACCCCGCAAGCAGGUUGGAGGGGGUUCAUCAGGGGGGUGCAGCAGUGGAGCGGCAAUGACUCCUGACAAGUCCUCAGCCGGGGGAGGUAACCAGGUCAGAUGGUGGCCAACACCAGAAUGGCAAAAAGGUGUGGAUUCCUUCUUCACAAAGAUUGACAAAACAGACCAGUCAAACAAACUAACCACUACAAAUAUGGAAACAGCAUCAAGCUCAUCAAAUGAGAGCACUAUAGAAUCCACUGCAGACCAAGACAUCAAAGAAUUAGAAAACUAGACCAUUCAGAAUGGCUCAUGUAACUUAAAGGGCAACAGGCAUUUGUGAAUACAUUUUCACAAGGAUAUGUAGUUUACAUGUUGAUAAAAGUUAUCCACAUUCAUUAUACCCAACAAGCAAUGCAAGCAAGUGAUAUACUUAUAUACUGUAAAAAAAAUUCUCAUAUUCUAGUGUUUAGCACAAGCCAAGUACAGUAUGCUUCUUAUUCUAGUGUAUAUAUUUUCUAGGUUAUUUUUCCGUCUGGUGUUGUGAGGAGGAGGGGGGGGGGGGGUUCUGUAACUGCUGUACCAUUCACAAUAAUUAUGGUUUCAUAAUUCUUUUUUCUAAAGGGUCUAGUAAUUUAGCACGAUUUUGCUUAAUAAACUGACAGCUGUCCAGUGGUGCAUUUUGUCUCACUGGUUAAGUGCAUCCCCUUUUUGGCAUUUUGAUUGAACAAUUAGGUGAUUAAACAAUAGGCGAAUUGUACUGAGGAAUUGUUUCACUUUUAGAGUGGCAAGCUAGUGCAUGGUGGUAAAAUUACAACAAAAAAUCAAUUUGUUAUGUGCUUACGAAUCUGCAAUAAAUUUCCUGUUAGAAAGGGCUCAUUAGAAGUAGUUCUUUCUAUAUUUUUGGGUAUGUUGCCCCACCCAUGUGUUACAUCCCUGAUAAUAAUUACAUCUGGAACAAUGAAAUAAAGAAAGACUUAAAAAUAUUAUAAGCUUUUUUGUUUUAUUUUCCACAAUUUUUAUAAUGUAACAAAUUUCCCCAUACUUUUACAACCUCGAUGGCAUGGCCUUGGAGCUGUCUGUGACUUUAUCAAAAUGUAAUUUUACUAUCAGAAUAAAAUGUAAUUUGCGACCCAAAA